AUGUCGGAUUAUCCGGGGCAGGAAGUGGAAGAUUCUGGGAGGGGCGAGAUCGUAUCAAACGGAAGUGGGGUGCAGCUGGAUGAAUCGAUACGGAGAUAUCGAUAUCGAGGAUCGUACGAGCUGAGAGACCUCGAGGCGGCUAUAAGGGACGCCUACGCUUCCAAGGUGUUGCAAUCCCAAAUUGCGGAGCGGCGAGCAAACUUAAUGGCAGAAAAGGUACGUGAGAAACAUGCUGCCGAUUUGAUACGAGAUCAGGAGAUUGAUACUCUGGCGGUGGAACGUAGAAGAUUAAUUGAAGAGUCCAAGAGACGCGAUGAGUACAGAGAAGAAUUGAAGGAACAAAUAGAAGCCAGGCUUAGGGAGACUCUUGUCAGAGAAGAAGCGGAUCGUCUGGAGCGACAACUGUUGAUUGAAGUUGAUCGUCUCAGAGAUGAAUUGGAAGAGCGUAGAAAGAUGGAGGCGAAGAUGGCGCUUGCUGUGAAGUUAAGAGCCGAAAGAAGAGUCUUUGCUGAAAUUCGUGAAAUCCACGAGGAUAAGGAACGAGAGAAAUUGGCGAAUGAAAUGGAACGUCAGCGAAAGUAUCUCGAUGAAGUGGAAAGGAGGACUCGUGAACUGGGCGCACUUCGACGUGAGCGAGUUGAAAGACGGAACUACGUGAUCGAAGCCAUGGCGCGAAAUAUGGUCGAUUUUGAAUCUGAGAAACGUGAGAGGGAAGACGUUAUCAGUGAACUCGUUGCCGAGGAGAUGAGGUGCGAAGCUUUAAUCGAGGAACGAGAUCGGGAACUUCGCGAAAGAAUGAUGAAGGACGAUUUGGCUGAGUGCUUGAAAAAUCAAAUUGAACAGACAGAAGAGAAUCGACGUCGCGUACAGGACGAGGAUGAUCUCUUUGCGGAGGCUGUUAUGCUGAGGGUGAUGCAGGAUGAGAGAGUCGAGAGAAUGACGGCGGAAGCUAGGAAACGCGCGUGUUUCCGUUACCGACAGGAAUUGGAGUGUCUGAUGGAGGAGCGUAGAAUGAGACGACGUGAGGAACUGGACCGAAUUCGUGAAUACCGGAAAAUGGAACGGGACUGUGAAAUUAAGAGACGAGAUUUAGUCAGGACGGAACGCGAACGCUUGUUAAUGGAGCAUGCGGAAAAUAUAGCGGGAUUCUUAAACAAAGAUUUGUUGACCAUGGAGGAGCGUCAGAGAAUUGAAAAACUAUUGAAAAAUUAA